CGUUUCACAUACUAAAUAGAAAAGGACGCGGUAGUCGCCUAAUAAAGUGCUAUCUAUGUUUAUUUGUUUGUUUACGUUAUAAAUGCCUACACCUUGAAGCGGUCAGUGAUUUAUCAAAGGACGCAUUUAUAAUGACGCUGCGACGAUUUAUCGCACGCAGGGGUAAACCUAUGGAAAUAUUUUCGGAUAAUGGUCGAAAUUUUGUGGCUUCCUCCAAAGAAAUAAGUCAAUUUUUAAAAUAUAAUUCUGAUCCCUUGAUUGAGCUUGCAAAUCAAGAAGGCAUUAAGUUUAACUUCAUUCCAAGUUACGCCCCUCAUUUCGGUGGUAUAUGGGAGAUAGGAAUUAAAUCAGCUAAAUUUCACAUAAAGCGCGUUAUGGGAAAUAGCCACCUAACAUUUGAAGAGAUUUCCACACUGUUUGCACAAGUGGAGGCCAUUUUAAAUAGCCGCCCCUUGUACCCACUAUCUUCCUCUCCAACUGACUUCCUCCCUCUUUCCCCAGGGCACUUUCUGAUUGGAAGACCAAUGACUGCAAUACCAACGCCAGAUCUACGAUGCUCAAAUGAGACCAGCCUUCGUCGGUAUCAACGUCUUGAGAGAUUACGCCAACAUUUUUGGGACAGAUGGCAAAGAGAAUACAUUGGAGAGCUUCAGCAGAGGACGAAAUGGAAAACCAACACUGAGAAAUUAAGCAUCGGUGACAUGGUGCUCAUACAUGAAGACAACGUGCCGCCAUUGAACUGGAGAUUGGGCAGAGUAGCUCGUCUAUUUCCUGGAGUAGAUGGGAUCUCCCGGGUUGCUGACAUCAAUACUGUUCGUGGAUGCAUCAGAAGACCUCUCACUCGCCUGUGUCCGCUGCCAAAGGAAGAUUCGUCGUGUUGAAAUUGAGAUUUCAACGAGGCGGGAAGUUGUUGCGGCUCCUGCGCGCAUAC